AUGGCAUUAAAAGUAUUAUCGAAGGAUGGAGUGGAAUUUCAAAUUGAUGCAGAGAUUGCACAACAAUCAUCACUGUUAAAACCUUAUUCUGACGAAGGUUUUAGCGGAUCCAUCCCUUUAAUUAAUGUCGAGAGUUCAAUUUUAAAAAACAUUAUAGAGUUUUGUAACCAUCACAAAAACGAUUCUCAACCAGAGGAUGUUGAUGGUGAUAAUGAUGAUGACGAUGAUGAUCCAAAUAAGGAUAUUUAUGAACCUAAACGAUCUGAUGAUAUUGAUGAAUGGGAUUCAAAUUUUAUGAAAAAAUUUUCUGUUCAAGAUGGAACGUUGUUCGAUAUCAUUAAUGCAUCCAAUUAUCUUGGAAUUAAAUUACUACUCGGCGUGGGUUGUAAGACAAUAGCCAAUCUUAUAAGAGGCAAGUCAGCUCAAGAGUGUCUUUACCAUAAAAGUGUUAUUGGUAGUUUACAUUCCCUAUCAUUGUCAUCACAAUUUUCAUUCGAUUUUGACAUCUAG